AUGGCAGCACAGGAUUUUGCUGGCAACCGAUUCAUGCAAGGUGAGUGUCAUGAUCAACCCUUUAACCAAGACUAGCUACUGUUAGCAGUAGCAUUAAGCAAAUAUGAAGUGUUGCAGCAAGCUGGCAACCAAAAACAUCUGAAAGAUGUUUAUUUUGACAAAUCAUUUGUAUAAUUUAUGGUUGUCCAGACAGUGCGCCUGUGUUAGUCUCUGCUACAAUGUAGCCGACAUUCACUGGAGGGGGAGGACCCAUUAUGUCAAGAACUAGCAGAGAGACCAUAACUGGUACCAUGGCUGGUGCCGGUGUGCCCGCACUCUGUUUUUCAUAGAAAUUAUGUGUUGUAAGUAUUUGGUAUUAUAAUGAAAAUAUAUAGGUAUGUGUAAGGUUCUUAUCAUAAACCCAGGGGUUUACUCUUUUUUGGGGGGGGCGUGUUACGUGUGACGUGUUUUUCUUUCUCCCCAUUUUCCUUUGUAGUGUGUUUGUGUGUUCUGGGCAUUACAGGUGUGCUGAGUUGUGGCUGACGAUGGUGGGCGUGGCUUCGGUCAGGAGAGUAUACCUGUUUGCCGUGUGAGCUCGAAGAGGGGGGAGAGGACACUUGUUGUUUGGCUGUUUGGGUAUUGGUUGUGUUAAUUUAUCUUUGUUUGUGUUCCAGCCUGUCCUCCUGAUGUACUCCACCCUACCUGGGUCAUGGAGAAGGGAGAGGUAGAUCUGCCCAUGGGUGUACAUUCCCACGUAGAUAACCCAUUGUUUUACACACUAGGUUAGCCAGGCGGGUGUCACCCCUGUAUUUUUUGGUAUACAGGCAGGAAAGUGGGUUAGGGUUGGAGUGUGAUAGGAAGGUUUAGGUGUGUAGAAGAGGAGGGACCUUUUGUUUAUUUUCAUUAAUUCGACCCUGUUCCCCAAAUAUUCCCUUCUCUUACCUUCCCUGGUUUGUUUGAUUGAGUUUUGUUUCAUUACUGUUUCUUUAUGGGUGUUGUAUAUUUUGUUUAAGUACCUUACUAAACGUCCCCCGAGGGCUAAUCUUGAGAUCUGGAUGUUGUCUGGUUAUUUUAGUUCAUUACACCCCACAUUUCUUCCCCAUCCAUCUAGUUUACCUUGUGUGCGUAGGCACAGGCAUUUACGUCUCCUCCUCAGACGAACUACACCCGAGGGGAGAACGUAACAACUCGUCUACUACGAGUACUAGCUGGCAAUUUGACGUCAGACAAAUAAAUGUUGUCCUAAGCUGACAACAAAUACUAAUAUCUAGGUGGUUUUAGUAACCCUGGUGUAUUUACGUAUGCUAGCGUUGCUUUCAAUUGUAUUGGGUUGCACAAAAACAGUCCGUGGGAAGCCAGCAGUUAAAUAUAUAUUUUAUUUUUAGUCAUAUGGCUAGUCGAAACUGGGGUGUAUUCAUUGUCUUGCAACUAGGGCCGGAUUACCAAAUGAGCACGCAGGGCACGUGCCCUGGGGCCCUGACCUCCAGUGGAAUUUAUUAGUUUUGGGGGUUGGAGGGCCCCCUCAGAUAGCAUAUGAACACGUUGGUUGUGGGCCCCCUGGAGGUUGACCCCCCCACUCCCUCCCAAUAUGUCUCUCGCGCUUGAUGGCUGGCUUCUGCACGUGAGACCAGAUCUGCUCUCAGGUACAGAUGGCAUUAAAGCAAAAAGCUAAUGUUAUUAACUUACAAAUGAAUAAUCAUAAGUCAUGGGAGCCUUGGACCUGAUAAACCGGAAAUCUACAUUAAAUAAGAGUCGAAGGACAGAGUGAUACAUGCGGAACGAGGGAGAGCUCGGUUAGUUGUUUUGGAAAAUGUGUUGUUUUGAAAGUGUAUUGAAAAGUUUCUUAGUAGCUAGCUACCUUUUUGAGUUUGGAUCCCGCGACUCAGUUGGCAUCAGUUGCUGGGACUGCUACUCUCUGUCCAGUGAUCCUGCUGACCAAGGCCGGGUCUGAGGCGCUAUUUCGCGAAGCAGCUAGCCUAACUGCUAGCUAGCUGCCUAUCAAGCUAGCUGGGCUUUCUUGUGGGCUCGAAUGCAGGAUUGUUAGCCAUUGUGGCUGGAACCGCGGAUUUUCCCGGGCUUGUGGCUGUCUAGUUCCCUGCUGUUUGUUGUUGUUUUCAGUCUUCCCUGCGACCUGCCCUGUCUGGAACUGCUGGAGUAACAGCGUAACCUACGUUGCUAGCUACCAUGAGAAAGACAAAAGCCGGCGGGAGUAACGUUGAGGACAGUGGUGUCUCUCUAUCAUAGGUGAAGAAUAUUUUAAACGAACCAAAAGAGUUCUACAAGCAGUUGUUACUACAACAACAAGAAAAUAGCUUCAAGUGUUUUGUCCAAAUACUGGUGGAGUCAACUAAUAAAAGAAUGGACGACCUGACCAGAGAGGUCCAGGACCUGAAGAACAGUUUGCAGUUCUCCCAGGGUCAGCUCGAUGAGUUUAAACAGGAGAAUGGCAAGAUGACAGCAAACUAAGUAAUUGAGAGAGGACAUACAGUGGGGAAAAAAAGUAUUUAGUCAGCCACCAAUUGUGCAUGUUCUCCAACUUAAAAAGAUGAGAGAGGCCUGUAAUUUUCAUCAUAGGUACACGUCAACUAUGACAGACAAAAUGAGAAAAAAAAAUCCAGAAAAUCACAUUGUAGGAUUUUUAAUGAAUUUAUUUGCAAAUUAUGGUGGAAAAUAAGUAUUUGGUCAAUAACAAAAGUUUCUCAAUACUUUGUUAUAUACCCUUUGUUGGCAAUGACACAGGUCAAACGUUUUCUGUAAGUCUUCACAAGGUUUUCACACACUGUUGCUGGUAUUUUGGCCCAUUCCUCCAUGCAGAUCUCCUCUAGAGAAGUGAUGUUUUGGGGCUGUCGCUGGGCAACACGGACUCUCAACUCCCUCCAAAGAUUUUCUAUGGGGUUGAGAUCUGGAGACUGGUUAGGCCACUCCAGGACCUUGAAAUGCUUCUUACGAAGCCACUCCUUCGUUGCCCGGGCGGUGUGUUUGGGAUCAUUGUCAUGCUGAAAGACCCAGCCACGUUUCAUCUUCAAUGCCCUUGCUGAUGGAAGGAGGUUUUCACUCAAAAUCUCACGAUACAUGGCCCCAUUCAUUCUUUCCUUUACACGUCCUGGUCCCUUUGCAGAAAAACAGCCCCAAAGCAUGAUGUUUCCACCCCCAUGCUUCACAGUAGGUAUGGUGUUCUUUGGAUGCAACUCAGCAGUUGAGUUUUUACCAAAAAGUUCUAUUUUGGUUUCAUCUGACCAUAUGACAUUCUCCCAAUCCUCUUCUGGAUCAUCCAAAUGCACUCUAGCAAACUUCAGACGGGCCUGGACAUGUACUGGCUUAAGCAGGGCAGGGGGACACGUCUGGCACUGCAGGAUUUGAGUCCCUGGCGGCGUAGUGUGUUACUGACGGUAGGCUUUGUUACUUUGGUCCCAGCUCUCUGCAGGUCAUUCACUAGGUCCCCCCGUGUGGUUCUGGGAUUUUUGCUCACCGUUCUUGUGAUCAUUUUGACCCCACGGGGUGAGAUCUUGCGUGGAGCCCCAGAUCGAGGGAGAUUAUCAGUGGUUUUGUAUGUCUUGCAUUUCCUAAUAAUUGCUCCCACAGUUGAUUUCUUCAAACCAAGCUGCUUACCUAUUGCAGAUUCAGUCUUCCCAGCCUGGUGCAGGUCUACAAUUUUGUUUCUGGUGUCCUUUGACAGCUCUUUGGUCUUGGCCAUAGUGGAGUUUGGAGUGUGACUGUUUGAGGUUGUGGACAGGUGUCUUUUAUACUGAUAACAAGUUCAAACAGGUGCCAUUAAUACAGGUAAUGAGUGGAGGACAGAGGAGCCUCAUAAAGAAUAAGUUACAGGUCUGUGAGAGCCAGAAAUCUUGCUUGUUUGUAGGUGACCAAAUACUUAUUUUUCACCAUAAUUUGCAAAUAAAUUCAUAAAAAAUCCUACAAUGUGAUUUUCUGGAAAAAAAAUUCUCAAUUUGUCUGUCAUAGUUGACGUGUACCUAUGAUGGAAAUUACAGGCCUCUCUCAUCUUUUUAAGUGGGAGAACUUGCACAAUUGGUGGCUGACUAAAUACUUUUUUUCCCCACUGUAAGUACUGUGUGUGAAUCCAUGAUAACAAUGACGGAGAAUUUAGAUUAUCUCGAGGGACAAUCAAGGCGGAACAACAUGGUUGUGGACGGAAUUGCAGAAUCUCCACGAGACCUGGACAUAGUCUGAGGACAAAGUGAGGAAAAUGAUCUCGGAGAAACUGAAAAUGGACCCACAGGAAGAUUGAGGUGAAGCGCGCCCACAGAACUGGAAAACCGACCACCAGCCUUGGUGACAGGCCCAGGCCGAUAGUAAUCAAGUUCCUGAGGUUCAAGGAGAAGGUAGCUGUUCUGGAAAGAGCCAAGAACUUGAGAGGAAUGUCUAUCUUCCUCAACAAGAACUAUCCUGAAGCUGUGCGCCAGAAGAGGAAAGAACUUAUCCCAACCAUGAAAGCUGCCAGAGCGCGUGGGGACAUUGCUUACAUCCGCUAUGACAGGCGCAUUGUCCACCUUUCCUCCCAAAAGCUUGGAAAGGAUGAGAGAGCCAAGCCUAUGGUGCGUAGCUUCAAUCCCGCAGCACACACACACACACACUAACUGAUUAAUGGACUGCUGAAUGUAUACAUUUUGUUCUCUUGCUUUGUUUGCUCUUUUCCAUAUUAUGCCUAUCACUGAUAAGCUACCCAGGAAAGGGCUAAAAAUAGCCCAUAUUAAUAUAUGUAGCCUUAGGAAUAAGGUUCAUGAAAUCAAUAACUUGCUAACAUCAGAUAACAUUCAUAUUAGCCAUUUCUGAGACUCACUUAGAUAAUUCAUUUGAUGAUACAGCAGUAGUAAUACAAGGGCAAAACAUAUAUAUAAGAGACAUACAUGCUUAUGGGGGAGGUGUUGCUGUAUCAUUUGAAGUGUCAAUAAUUAAUUUAUACCAAUUUCUAAUGUUUUUAUUGUUUAAUUUGUCAAAAUAUGUUAAUAGUCUGGCAUGGGCUUAAUGGGUACCUAAUGUAACCUUUAAGCCCAUGGGUGUUCCAAAUAAGCCCACUUCAGAUUUGUUGAUAAAUAUAUAUAUAUAUAUAUUUAAAAAAUCUUAACAAUACAAACUUGUUCUAUUCAAAUCUGUAAUCUCUUAGCUCUCAAUAGCUAUUUUCAUUUAGUCUCCACUCCUAUCCAAUGGCAUGUAAAUGGCAUUUGAAAUAGGCGUGGACUAGCCUUUUUGCAGUGUUGUCAACGCAGAAAAAGCUAAACUUACUACAUGUCUUCUUUGGAAUGUAGCCAAAAAACUAUUUACGAACAAAAUCAAAACUAUAGUGGAAAUUACUCUUCAAUACUUCAUCUUUCAAUAUGUGUUGUCAUUUUGUAUAUCUCUAUCCUAUGGUGUGCUGUUGGCAUUUGAAAUUGGCCAACAUUUCUGGUCCAGCCAACUGGUUGAAAGUGCAGAUGUUUUUAUGAAGAUUUCUGAAGACCGACUGACUAAAAUAAAAACAGUUUGCAGGUUUAAUACUAAUGUUCUAAGGAUAGUAAAUGAGUCAAUUUGAGCAUUUACAUUUAAACAAUAACUUUAAUUGAUUUAAAAUGUUAAUCACAUUUAGGCUAGUAGUUUGAAAACAUUGUAAAAAUACAUUUUAAAACCAUUCAGUUCAUUGUGGAGUAACAUUAAAACAUAGAGUUCAUUGUGAGGAGACAUCAGUCAUAACAUCUUGAAGCUCAUGUAUCAUUAGCCUAUAACUUAAGCAAAAUAAACAAGAAACAUUUCUGCAAUUUCUACUUUCUCCUAGGCUAAAUGUAGGCCUAUGCUCUUUGAUGUGAUUUUAUCGUUUUAGUUAUCUUAGUAGUGUAACAUAACAGGUUAUAGGGUGGUCUAAGCUUUAGUUUGUUUGUUUGUUUGUUUCAAUCUUUUGCCCACGUUGUGGUUAUCUUCGCUUGCCAGUCUUACAUUGAGGGGAAAAAAGUAUUUGAUCCCCUGCUGAUUUUGUACGUUUGCCCACUGACAAAGAAAUGAUCAGUCUAUAAUUUUAAUGGUAGGUUUAUUUGAACAGUGAGAGACAGAAUAACAACAAAAAAAUCCAGAAAAACGCAUGUCAAAAAUCUUAUAAAUUGAUUUGCAUUUUAAUGAGGGAAAUAAGUAUUUGACCCCCUCUCAAUCAGAAAGAUAUCUGGCUCCCAGGUGUAUUUUAUACAGGUAACGAGCUGAGAUUUGGAGCACACUCUUAAAGUGAGUGCUCCUAAUCUCAGUUUGUUACCUGUAUAAAAGACACCUGUCCACAGAAGCAAUCAAUCAAUCAGAUUCCAAACUCUCCACCAUGACCAAGACCAAAGAGCUCUCCAAGGAUGUCAGGGACAAGAUUGUAGACCUACACAAGGCUGGAAUGGGCUACAAGACCAUCGCCAAGCAGCUUGGUGAGAAGGUGACAACAGUUGGUGCGAUUAUUCGCAAAUGGAAGAAACACAAAAGAACUGUCAAUCUCCCUUGGCCUGGGGCUCCAUGCACGAUCUCACAUUGUGGAGUUGCAAUGACCAUGAGAACGGUGAGGAAUCAGCCCAGAACUACACAGGAGGAUCUUGUCAAUGAUCUCAAGGCAGCUGGGACCAUAGUCACCAAGAAAACAAUUGGUAAACACUACGCCGUGAAGGACUGAAAUCCUGCAGUGCCCGCAAGGUCCCCCUGCUCAAGAAAGCACAUAUGCAUGCCCGUCUGAAGUUUGCCAAUGAACAUCUGAAUGAUUCAGAGGAGAACUGGGUGAAAGUGUUGUGGUCAGAUGAGACCAAAAUGGAGCUCUUUGGCAUCAACUCAACUCACCGUGUUUGGAGGAGGAGGAAUGCUGCCUUUGACCCCAAGAACACCAUCCCCACCGUCAAACAUGGAGGUGAAAACAUUAUGCUUUGGGGGUUUUUUUUCUGCUAAGGGGACAGGACAACUUCACCACAUCAAAGGGACGAUGGACGGGGCCAUGUACCAUCAAAUCUUGGGUGAGAACCUCCAGCCAGGGCAUUGAAAAUGGGUAGUGGAUGGGUAUUCCAGCAUGACAAUGACCCAAAACACACGGCCAAGGCAACAAAGGAGUGGCUCAAGAAGAAGCAUAUUAAGGUCCUGGAGUGGCCUAGCCAGUCUCCAGACCUUAAUCCCAUAGAAAAUCUGUGGAGGGAGCUGAAGGUUCGAGUUGCCAAACGUCAGCCUCGAAACCUUAGUGACUUGGAGAAGAUCUGCAAAGAGGAGUGGGACAAAAUCCCUCCUGAGAUGUGUGCAAACCUGGUGGCCAACUACAAGAAACGUCUGACCCCUGUUAUUGCCAACAAGAGUUUUGCCACCAAGUACUAAGUCAUGUUUAGCAGAGGGGUCAAAUACUUAUUUCCCUCAUUAAAAUGCAAAUCAAUUUAUAACAUUUUUGACAUGCGUUUUUCUGGAUUUCUUUGAUGUUAUUCUGUCUCUCACUGUUCAAAUAAACCUACCAUUAAAAUUAUAGACUGAUCAUUUCUUUGUCAGUGGGCAAACGUACAAAAUCAGCAGGGGAUCAAAUACUUUUUUCCCUCACUGUACGCUAACAAGUCUUUGAUGGCUUUCAUCUUGUUUUUGUACAGAUUUUCAAUGAUCUCAUGAUUGUGCAAAUAGAAUGGUCCAGGUCCCUCCAGCUCUGCUUUGCAGAGGAUGAACUUGAGCACUACAUACUCAAUCUUGUCCCUGGAUGGGAGGAAGAAUGUGUUGUUUGGCCCUCUGUCUAGGAACUUCAUCACAUACCGUUCACCCUCUGGUGGUGCUGACUCGUUAAGUGAUCGUGCGAUGUAAUAUGCCGCUGGUUUCGUGAACAUGACAGCAUAGUACACGUCUCUCUCCACUGUAAAGGUUGUGGUACAGGUUUCUGUAUUCUCAUUAGCCUCUUUGCUCACUGCCUCAUUGCCCACUGCCUCCGAUGCAUUUGCCUUCUCCAGAGGAGCCUUCUUGCUCUUGGUCUUGCCAUCCUUUGGUUGUUUCUUUUUUUCACUUUCCCCUAGCCGCAACAUGGCUUGUUCAGAUGUUAGAGACUCCAUAUUUUAGUGUUGAUUCUCUGUCUUUGGCUGGAUUGCUCUUCUUGGUUGGCAUGAUGCGUUGCAGGAAGAAAUCGUUGAUGCCAAUGCCUGAUGAGGGUGAAGGGCUUGAAGUUGCAGAGUAUGCAGACGUUGAUGGCUGGGGUUCCGACUUCCUUAUGGUCAGUUCUGAAUGGUCCCGCAUGAAGCGUUCAAACAAUUUUCUGCCGGGUCUUUGGUCCUUGAAGGGGGUUUGAAGUUCCUUUGCUAUCACAAACUCUUGAACGAGAUCAAGAAGAUCCGUCUGGGUAAAGCCCCAACCCAACUGGCAAAGCACCUGAAGAGAUGGAGAAUGACAAAGCAUUAGUCCUGGACACACGUGUGAGCGCACACACACACAUACACACACACACUAAUGCACGCGCACAGGCACACACACAUACCCCCAGGUCACACAUUGAGAACCACUGGAUUAGGCAAAAUCACAUUCUUCAUAUUAGGCUACACACUGUUUCAUGUUAUCUUUUUCUUAGACUAUCAGUCACUACAGUAUAACCCUACCUGAAGACACUCUGAUUUUUUUUAACCUUUAUUUAACUAGGCAAGUCAGUUAAGAACAAAUUCUUAUUUACAAUGACGGCCUACACCGGCCAAACCCGGACAACACUGUUGUGCGCCGCCCUAUGGGACUCCCAAUCACGGCCGGUUGUGAUACAGCCUGGAAUCGAACCAGAGGGUCUGUAGUGACGCCUCAAGCACUGAGAUGCAGUGCCUUAGACCGCUGCGCCACUCCUGCUCUACCGCUGGACUCAGGUAGAUCACAUGUCCCUGUUGUGCAUCAAUGCUCAGCUGCUCCUUCACUCUCUGCAUCAACGACUUCCUGUCUACUCAACGUUUUUGCUAGAAAUUCAAGAUUUUGCAUUGCUCCCUCCCUGUACAGACGGCAUGCUUCUAUCAUGCGUGGGCAUGAACAGUAGUUUCUUCGUGUUUUAGUCAUCUCAAACUAAAACUCAUCUGAAAAGUAGGCCUAAAGAUUUUAAAAAAAUGAUUGUUAAUGUUAGGAUAGAAUAUAGGCCUAUCCAGAAUGAAUUGACCUAUGCAAUAUGACUGAUAUUUAAAUAUGGGUAUUAAUUAUCUGAAUUAUGGAGCUGAUUUAUCAGGUGAGGUCAAAAUUAGGGAGUAAAAUGGUUCAAAGAUCAAAAGGAAGAAAAUCCCCAUUGAAACACAGUCAAGUGGGCUUAAAGGGAACAUCAGUGAAUUUAUGGUUAAAAGACAAAUGAGUACUUACCAAAAACAGGAGUAGAAAUAUGCAAAAAAAAAUAUCUUCUGAGGGUGCCAAAAUCGCACGUUUUUUUGCAACUUCUUCUGGGAUCAGCAGGCACAUGUCACACAUGCUUUGAUAACUCAAUAUUGACAAAUCUGAUUGGCUUACAAUAAUAAGUGCCAUUUAUGUAACAAGCAGCUUCAUUGGAAGAAACAUCACACAGUAAAAAUUGAUGAUGUCGUUUUAAAAAAUUUUUUACUCAGAAGUUGCAAGUGGGCUUAUAUGGUAUGUGGGCUUAAUAGGGAUGUUUUUUUGUUGUUGUUGUUGUUGACGAAAUACAAUGCUAUUUCUCUGUAAACAAAUUGAACAGACUUUCAGCAUGCUUUUAGAGAAGGGCACUCAACAUGUACUGCACUGACACAAAUGACUGAUAAUUGUUUGAAAGAAAUUGAUAAUAAGAAGAUUGUGGGAGCUGUACUGUUAGUUUUCAGUGCAGCCUUUGAUAUUAUUGACCAUAGCCUGUUGUUAAGAACUUAUAAUGUAUGUGUUAUGGCUUUUCAACCUCUGCCAUAUUGUGGAUUAAGAGCUACUUAUCUGAUAGAACUCAAAGGGUUUUCUUUAAUGGAGGCUUCUCUAAUGUCAAACAUGUAACAAGUUUGGUGUACCGCAGGGCAGCUCUCUAGGCGCUCUACUUUUUUCUAUUUUUACCAAUGACCUGGCAUUAAACAAAGCAUGUGUGUCCAUGUAUGCUGAUGAUUCAACCAUAUACACAUCAGCAACCACAGCUAAUGAACUCACUGAAACCCUUAACAGAGAGUUUCAGUCUGUUUUGGAAUGGGUGGCCAGUAAUAAACUGGUCCUGAACAUCUCUAAAACUAAGAGCAUUGUAUUUGGUACAAGUCAUUCCCUAAAUUCUAGACCUCAGCUGAAUCUGGUAAUGAAUGGUGUGGCUGUUGAACAAGUUGAGGAGACUCAAUUACUUGGUGUUACCUUAGAUUGUAAACUGUCAUGGUCAAAACAUAUAGAUUCAAUGGUUGUAAAAAUGGGGAGUGGUCUGUCCGUAAUAAAGAGAUGCACUGCUUUUUUGACACCACACUCCAAAAAGCAAGUCCUGCAAGCUCUAGUUUUGUCGUAUCUUAGUUAUUGUCCAGUCGUGUGGGAGAGUGCUGCAAGGAAAGACCUAGUUAUGCUGCAGCUGGCCCAGAACAGCUGCAGCAUAACUUGCUCUUCAUUGUAAUCAGAGAGCUAAUAUAAAUACUAUGCAUGCCAGUCUCUCUUGGCUAAGAGUUGAGGAGAUAAAGACUGCAUCACUAAUUAUUUUUAUAAGAAACAUGAAUGUGUUGAAAAUCCCAAUUUUUUUGCAUAGUUCUGACUCACACACUUACCCCACUAGACAUCCCACCAGGGGUCUUUUCACAGUCCUCAAAUCCAGAACAAAUUCAUGAAAGCGGACAGCAUUAUAUAGAGCCAUUAUUGCAUGGAACUCCGUUCCAUCUCAUAUUGCUCAAAUGAACAGCAAACCUGGUUUGAAAAAACAACACCUCUCCCAUAUUUGACCUAGAUAGUUUGUGUAUGUAUUGAUAUGUAGGCUACGUGUGCCUUUAAAAAAAAUGAUUUAGUUCUGUUCUUGAAUGUAAUGUAUUAUGUUUUGUGUGGACCCCACAAAGAGCAGCUGCUGCUUUCGCAACAGCUAAUGGAGAUCCUAAUAAAAUAUAAAAUACCAAAUACACUAGCUAGAACCUUCUCCCUUCUCAUCGUGGAUCUGGUAGAAUAAAAAAGCAUGACUGUGACUUAUUGUUUCCCCCCCCAUGUUGUUCAUCAGGUAACUACUAUAGACAGGGUGACAUAUUUGUGGACUAAAAGAGCAUAAAUCCGGGUGUAUCACAAAGCAUGAUUAAAUGAAUUAGCCAGCUACAGUAAUUGAGAAAGAUUAAUAGUUUGUUAAAAAAAGUAAUAAAAUAAAAACAAUUAACCAUUUAUCUACAUUACCUUUGUAAGCUGGUAGCUUGCUAACUAGUUGGCUCCCAUGCCAAUUUCAAGUCUUUCAAAACUAAUAUCUCACUAACUCGGGAAUAUUAAGUUAUUUCAAAAUGAAAGUUAACUGGCUACCGCAUCAUGCUUUGUGACAUUGUUAGCUAACUAUCCCCAGUUACAGUGCAUUCGGAAAGUAUUCAGACCCCUUCACUUUUUCAAAAUUUUGUAACAUUACAGCCUUCAUACAAAAUGGAUUAAAUUGUUUUUAUUCCUCAUCAAUCUACACACAAUACCCCAUAAUGACAAAGCAAAAACAGUUUUUUUUGGUGCAAACUUCUUUAAAAUAAAAAGCUCACAUUUACAUAAGUAUUCAGACCCUUUACUGAGUACUUUGUUUAAGCAACUUUGGCAGCGAUUACAGCCUCAAGUCUUCUUGGGUAUGACGCUACAAGCUUGGCACAUCUGUAUUUGAGGAGUUUCUCCCAUUCUUCUCUGCAGAUCCUCUCAAGCUCUGUCAGGUCGGAUGGGGAGCGUCGCUGGGGCAUUUAAGGAAAUUCAGAGACUUGUCCCGAAGCCACUCCUGUGUUGUCUUGGCUGUGUGCUUAGGGUCGUUGUCCUGUUGGAAGGUGAACCUUCGCCCCAGUCUGAGGUCCUGUGCACUCUGGAACAGGUUUUCAACAAGGAUCUCGCUGUAUUUUGUUCCGUUCAUCUUUCCCUUGAUCCUGACUAGUCUCCCAGUCCCUGCCACUGAAAAACAUCCCCACAGCAUGAUGCUGCCACCACCAUGCUUCACCGUAGGGAUGGUGCCAGGUUUCCUCCAGAGGUGAUGCUUGGCAUUCAGGCCAAAGAGUUCAAAUCUUGGUUUCAUCAGACCAGAUAAUCUUGUUUCUCAUGGUCUGAGAGUCCUUAAGGUGCCUUUUGGCAAACUACAAGUGGGCUGUCAUGUGCCUUUUUCUGAGGAGUGGCUUCUGUCUGGCCACUGUACCAUAAAGGCCUGAUUGGUGGAGUGCUGCAGAGAUGGGUGUCCUUCUGGAAGGUUCUCCAAUCUCCACAGAGGAACUCUGGAGCUCUGUUAAGAGUGACCAUCUGUUUCUUGGUCACCUCCCUGACCAAGGCCAUUCUCCCCCGAUUGCUCAUUUUGGCUGGGCGGCCAGGUCUAGGAAGAGUCUUGGUGGUUCCAAACUUCUUCCAUUUAAGAAUGAUGGAGGCCACUGUGUUCUUGGGGACCUUCAAUGAUGCAGAAAUGUUUUGGUACCCAUCCCCAGAUCUGUGCCUCGACACAAUCCAGUCUCGGAGCUCUGCGGACAAUUCCUUCGACCUCAUGGUUUGGUUUUUGCUCUGAUGUGCACUGUCAACUGUGGGACCUUUAUAUAGACAGGUGCCUUUCCAAAUCAUGUCCAAUCAAUUGAAUUUACCACAGGUGGACUCCAAUCAAGUUGUAGAAACAUCUCAAGGAUGAUCAAUGGAAACAGGAUGCACCUAAUCUCAAUUUCGAGUUGUCAUAGGAAAGUCUGUAAAUAAGGUAUUUCUGUUUUUUCAAAAAACUUGUUUUAGGUUUCUCAUUAUGGGGUAUUGUGUGUAGAUUGAUGAGGAAAACAUUUUAUUUAAUCCAUUUUAGAAUAAGGAUGUAACGUAACAAAAUGUGGAAAAAGUUAAGGGUUCUGAAUAUUUUCCGAAUACACUGUAGAUGUGUUUUCACUUAUUGCAUCUGCAUGUCUCUUGUGUUAUCCCUCUUGUACUUGUUUGUUCAUGAGCUGCCUGCUCGUUGUAGUUAAUACAAUAUAAUCUGUUCAAAACAAUGGCAGCAUGUGCAGCAAUGGUCAUUCAGUUCUUGACAUGCAAAAGUGAAGUAGGUGUAUUUAUGUUGUUCAAAUGCACAGAUCGCUUUAUAGUUCUUCUCUUGAGAAACUACCGGGAUUUAGAAAACAUGGCAUCAUAUUUAUUUCAUGCUGCUUUGUUUACAACUCCAACCACCUCGCUGCCCGGUAUUCAGCCAAUCAGUGGCCGCCAUUAGUAUCAGUCACACUUGUGCCACCAGAUAGGCCUAUGUUUUAUAGAUUUUAAAACUGAUCAGAUCACAGUGUUGUCAUUCCUACCAAAUGUAUAUGUUGUCAAAUGGAUGAAGACAAUACAGCAUCCUCUGACAACCCCAAUAGACCCAGUCCAGCUUUUACAUUUUAUUUAUUUGACAUUUUAUUUUAAACACAAUACAACCACAUGUGGAUACAGUACAAUGCCAUUUAAAAUCAUUGAGGAUGAGAAGUUUUAAAACGUAUUUCCAUUGUGGUCCUCUUGAAAACAAUAUACACAAGAUUAUAACAUGAAAACAAAAUACAGUAUCAGUCAAAAGUUUGGACACACCUACUCAUUCAAGGGUUUCUCUUUAUUUUUACUAUUUUUUACAUUGUAGAAUAAUAGUGAAGACAUCAAAAACUAUGAAAUAACACAUAUGGAAUCAUGUAGUAACCAAACAUGUGUUAAACAAAUCAAAAUAUAUUUUAUAUUUGAGAUUCUUCAAAUAGCCACCCUUUGCCUUGAUGACAGCUUUGCACACUCUUGACAUUCUCUUAACCAGCUUCAUGAGGUAGUCACCUGGAAUGCAUUUCAAUUAACAGGUGUGCCUUCUUAAAAGUUAAUUUGUGGAAUUUCUUUCCUUCAUUUGAGCCAAUCAGUUGUGUUGUGACAAGGUAGGAGGGGCAUACAGAAAAUAGCCCUAUUUUGGUAAAGGACCAAGUCCAUAUUAUGGCAAGUACAGCUCAAAUAAGCAAAGAGAAAUGACAUUCCAUCAUUACUUUAAGACAUGAAGGUCAGUCAGUACGGAACAUUUCAAGAACUUUGAACGUUUCUUCAAGUGCAGUCGCAAAAACCAUCAAGCGCUAUGAUGAAACUGGCUCUCAUGAGGACCGCCACAGGAAUGGAAGAACCAGAGUUACCUCUGCUGCAGAGGAUAAGUUCAUUAGAGUUACCAGCCUCAGAAAUUGCAGCCCAAAUAAAUGCUUCACAGAGUUCAAGUCACAAACACAUCUCAACAUCAACUGUUCAGAGGGGAUUGUGUGAAUCAGGCCUUCAUGGUCGAAUUUCUGCAAAGAAACCACUACUAAAGGACACCAAUAAUAAGAAGAGACCUGCUUGGGCCAAGAAACACGAGCAAUGGACAUUAGACCGGUGGAAAUUUGUCCUUUGGUCUGGAGUCCAAUUUGGAGAUUUUUGGUUCCAACCGCCGUGUCUUUGUGAGACGCGUUGUGGGUGAACGGAUGAUCUCUGCAUGUGUAGUUCCCACCGUAAAGCAUGGAGGAGGAGGUGUUAUGGUGUGGGGGUGCUUUGCUGGUGACACUGUCUAUGAUUUAUUUAGAUUUCAAGGCACACUUAACCAGCAUGACUACCACAGCAUUCUGCAGCGAUACGCCAUCCCAUCUGGUUUGGGCUUAGUGGGACUAUCAUUUGUUUUUCAACAGGACAAUGACCCAACACACCUCCCAGGCUGUUUAAUGGUUAUUUUACCAAGAAGGAGAGUGAUGGAGUGCUUCAUCAGAUGACCUGGCCUCCAUAAUCCCCCCGACCUCAACCCAAUUGAGAUGGUUUGGGAUGAGUCCGACGGCAGAGUGAAGGAAAAGCAGGCAACAAGUGCUCAGAAUAUGUGGGAACUCCUUCAAGACUGUUGGAAAAGCAUUCCAGGUGAAGCUAGUUGAGAGAAUGCCAAGAGUGUGCAAAGCUGUCAUCAAGGCAAAGGGUGGCUAUUUGAAGAAUCUCAAAUAUAAAAUAUAUUUGAUUUGUUGAACACUUCUUUUGGUUACUACAUGAUUCCACAUGUGUUAUUUCAUAGUUUUGAUGUCUUCACUAUUAUUCUGUAGAAAAUAGUACAAAAUAAAGAAAAACCCUUGAAUGAAUAGGUGUGUCCAAACUUUUGACUGAUACUGUACAUCUCAUCAAUAGGGAAGAAACAGUCAAAUAAAUAAAAUGGAUGAACAAAUAACGUUCAUUGACACAAUUAUACAAUUAUACUGUGCAGUUUAAAAUAAUUUUGCCCAUAAACCAUUUCUUAAAGUUUCUUUUAAAACUCCCUAUCAUAGAGAUGGAUUUUAUAUGGUUUGGUACACCAUUCCUUCGCACCAGUGCUUUUUCCAGCCAUGCUCCUAUAGCGCAGCGGUCUGAUAUUGGCAACACUGGCUCUGGUGUGAUGGUUAUGAGAGUCUCUAAUGAAAUUAAAAUAACCAGACAGGUAACUGGGGUAUUCAGCAACACCUCAUGAGUAGUGUUGCUGUAGCAGACCCUCUAAUCCCCGAUAGACCCUGUCCGCACCCCAAAAAAAACCAGGACAAAAUCAACUCUGUCGGGCUUCGACCCCUGGUAUCAUAUGAACACACAUAAGACAUAGAAAAAUAUGUAGAUUUGCAGGAAAGGAGCUUUAAAAGAGCAAAAAAAAAAUCUGCCCCAUGCAAGAUGUGUGGAAUUGCGCGAUAUUAGCUUUAAACUGCACAAUUUUCUCUCCGCCAACAAUAGGGCUGUGAAUAGUUUGGGGUUGCGAGAUGGGGUUUUGUUACUACGCCGAUUAAUGACAAUAUUAAUCCGGACCUUUGCCACCUAGGAAAUUUGUGUGACCGGACCUUCUCAAAUAGUGGACCUUCUCAAAUAGUGGACCUUCUCAAAUAGUGGACCUUCUCAAAUAGUGGACCUUCUCAAAUAGUACUUGACUACUCCUACUCUAAUGUUAUUGCUGGCAGUGUCUUUGACAGAAAUGCCUGUCUUUACAUGUUCCCUUGGUAAUGCCAAUAGGCCUACUAACAGUGUAGCAUGGCACCUUUUUGUCUCUAGUUACAACCCAGUUUUCCCCAGUUACCCCCCAGAACCCAGUUUGGUUGACACAUAGCCUAAGCCUAGUCAUGGCACGUAUACCAACGUUAUGUAAUUCAGGAUAGACAUGAUCCCACUUAAGUGGAGUUCCACAGUGAGAUGAUGACGUCGAGUGGAUGGUGAUGCCAAUUAUUGAAUUUGUGCCCCUGGGCUCACAGGCCGGCCUGUGUUUUUGAACUGGCAUGAGCAGAGCGCCCCCACCUGCUGGAGCUCAUGUUUGCCAGUGAGGAAACUUUGUACUGUACACGUUGCACACUAAGCAUUUUAUUUAGCCUAACUCAAGGUCUUAUGCGUUAGCACUUCAGGGGCAAACUAGACUCGGAAAUCCCAGAUCUAGGGCAACAUUGUUUACAUUGUGGGAGACAACCCAUCUGCCUAGGGAGACUUGGGGCAAACCCUUUGAAAACAAAAACUAACUCAGGAAUAAUGCUUUGUUUGUUUUACAAAGGAAACUUCUCCAGUGUUUACAACCUCUUCCAGUGUUGUUCUGUUCAUCCUGAAGCUCUGAAAUACACAGCUUUGACAGUAGCCAUUGUGAGUUUAUUAUUUUAAGCCCUCAUAGGAUCAUGAAUUGUACACUUAACAAAAAUACGCAACAUGUAAAGUGUUGGUCCCAUGUUUCAUGAGCUGAAAUAAAAGUUCCCUGAAAUCUUCCAUACGUACAAAAAGCUUAUUUCUCUCAUUUUGUGCACAAAUUUGUUUACAUCCCUGUUGUUGAGCAUUUCUCCUUUGCCAAGAUAAUCCAACCACCUGACAGGUGUGGCAUAUCAAGAAGCUGAUUAAAUGGCAUGAUCAUUAUACAGGUGCACCUUGUGCUGGGGAUAAUAAAAGGCCACUCUAAAAUGUGCAGUUUUGUCACACAACACAAUGCUACAGAUGUCUCAAGUUGCCAGAGAAUUUAAAUGUUAAUUUCUCUACCAUAAGCAACCUCCAACGUCAUUUCAGAGAAUUUGGCAGUACAUCCAACCGGCCUCACAACUGCAGACCACGUGUAACCAGGCCAGCCCAGUACCUCCACAUCCGGCUUCUUAACCUGCGGGAUCAUCUGAGACCAGCCACAGCUGAUGAAACUGAGGGUUUGCACAACCGAAGUAUUUCUGCACAAACUGUAGGAAACCGUCUCCGGGAAGCUAAUCUGCAUGCUAGUUGUCCUCACCAGGUUCUUGACCUAACUGCAGUUCAGCGUCAUAACCGACUUCUUCAGUGGGCAAAUGCUCACCUUCAGGGAUGAAUCCCGGUUUCAGCUGUUGGCAGACAAGGCGUAUGGCGUUGUGUGGGCGAGCAGUUUGCUGAUGUCAACGUUGUGAACAGAGUGCCCCAUGGUUGAUUUUAUUUUAUUAGGAUCUCUUUUUAGUCUUCAUUUGGACUAAUCUUCCAAGAGUCCUUAAACAUUAAAAUACAAUUUUAUAAUGUGAUCACAUUUUCACAUGUAACACACUGCUACAAACAGACAUAAUACAUUGACAUAUUGACCAGAUAAAUACUCUAACAGUCUGAAAUUAUAGAUUGAUUCCUUCAUCUACCAUAGUCCUGCACAACCUUCCAAUGUAUUAUAUUUAAAUGGUUCUAAAGUAUUGUUUGAAUUUAUAUAUCGAAAGGUUUCUGGUUUGCUCAGAUCAAUUAUUCAAUUUCUUUCUUGCUCUGAAUCGAAAUGUUAUUUAGCCUAUUUCUCUUUUCUGUCGUGAUAACACAUAUAUGGUGGACAAUCUAUUCCUAGUAUAGACUAAAUGUCUGUCUCUUACCAACUGAAUACUGUUGUGAAUGGAGUUUGGCCGUUUUAAAUGGUGUACAUUGUGAAAGAAAAUAAGCAUGUUUUUUUCAAUUAUCUUGUUGAUUUGAUGACCAACCAAGAGCAUUGUGCAUGACUACAACAGAAUAAUCAUAUCUCCACCUUAAAAUAAUCCUUGCUGCUAUGUUCUGUGCAAUCUUGCUGAUGCAUUUCCCCAGACCACAGAACAGUAGUUUACCUGACUCAUUCACAUUUACAUUUUAGUCAUUUAGCAGACGCUCUUAUCCAGAGCGACUUACAGUUAGUGAGUGCAUACAUUUUCAUACUGGCCCCCCGUGACUCCCAAUUAAUGCUUGGGUUGUUUGCUUAAGAAUCUUUCCCGGUAAAUAUUUAGCUAUCCUUCUGAUCAUGCAUGCAGUUGUAAAAAUGUUUUACAUAGAUGAGUUAUUUGAGACGACCAUGAUAAGCAGUUGUCUAGCUGUGCCCCUAGUAAUUUGGUUUCUGCCACUUCCUCAAUUUGUACUCCCCCAAUACUUAAUUGCAUGCUGUGUUGGCAUUUUCCUAGUGGAACAGACCAACAUAACCUUGGUUUUCUUGGUGUUCAAAACAAGUUUGUUCCGGAAAACCCAGAUCUACUUGUAAAGCUUGAUGUACCUGUUGAACUGAUUGUCUUGUAUAAAUUGUAGUAUCAUCUGCAAAUAUAGUAGCUUGAGUUUCAGAUAAGGCAUAAGGAAGGUUGUUGGUAUAUAUUAAGUAAAGAAGUGGCCCAAGGCAGCUGCCCUGUGGUAUUCCACAGUUUUAAAGCAUGAGGGGAAGACAAUGACCCAUUGAUAUAGGUGUACUGUUUCCUGUCAGUUAGAAAUGACUGUACUCAAUUCAAUGCUGCCUCCUUAAACCCAUAAUGCAAUAAUUUUGACAAUUAUUUCAUGAUCCACUAAAUCAAAUGCUGCACUAAAAUCUAAAAAUAGUACACCCACAAAUCUGCCAUUAUUAAUAGCAUUGAGCCACUGGUCAGUCAGGUCAAUCAAUGCAGUGGUAGUGGAAUGAUUUUUGCGAUAAGCAUGCUGAUUGGCUGUGAUCAGAUCAUUAUUUUCCAUAUGCUCCCAUAUUUCUCUACUCACAAUACCCUCCAAAUCUUAAUGAGUGACGGGAGUAGACUAAUUGGUCUGUAAUGAAUACUCGGACAGAGUGGUAAGAUCCAAUCGCAGAAUUGCGAUGCUUUAUUAGAGUACAGACAAGGGAAUAGCUUAAUCGUAGUCAGGCGGGCUUUGGUCAAAACCGGGACAGGCAGAGACAGGCAGAGGUACCAAGGGAGCGGGCGUAGUCAUAGUCGAGGGCACAGGCACAGGGUCAGAGUAUGGUAAUCACUGGGAUAAACAAGCAGAGGAUUAAGCAAUUCGGGGAGUCAAACAACAAGGCACAGGUCGGAUACACGGGUAAUCAAAAACAACAAACUCUCUCUCUCUCUCUCUCUCAGAACAAAACGCUUAGCAAGUCACAAUGGAACAAUACCUCGCACCGACUGAACUUCUGAGCACACCUUAUAUCCUACCCUAAUUACAGACAGGUGUGCUCAGAACUCAGGUGAACCAGAUCGAGUCUGAUGACUCCCCCUCUCUGUAGAUCGGGGAAGUGUCAGACUCUGUCUAGACCCAGCCAACCCCCGAUCCCUUACAGUAUCCCCCUCCCCAGGGCUGGCUCCUGACGGCCUUCUACCUCUACCGGGUGGUCUUCCUCUGGGUCGGGGUCCUGGAUGAUCUGGGUGUUCAGCGUGGAAAGUGGUCUUGAGAGCGGGAUCCAGUAUGUCCUUAGCAGGGACCCAGGACCGUUCCUCAGGUCCAUAUCCCUCCCAGUCCACAAGAUAUUCGAUGCCCCCUCGUCUCCGUCUCGACUCCAGUAUCUCGUGGACUGUAUAGGUGGUGUCCUGUUCAUCCUCCAAAGGUGGUGUAGUAGGUUGUUGAGCGAUUGGGGGGUACAUCAGGCUAUAGUGGACAGGUUUCAACAGGGAGACGUGGAACGUAGGGUUUAUCCUGUAGUGUCGGGGAAGUAACAGACGGUAGGUGACAGGGUUAAUACGUCUCAGUAUCUUAAAAGGCCCGAUGUACCUGGGUUGAAGCUUCUUGCAGCUCCGUCGGAACCGCAGGUCCCGGGUAGACAGCCACACUCGUUGCCCGGGUUGAUAAGUGGGAGUAGGUCUCCGGCGUCGGUCGGCGUAGGUCUUUUGCUGUUGUGAGGCCUGACUGAGAUGUUGAUGGGCCGUCUCCCAGACCUGCGCACUCCGACGGAACCACUCGUCCACCGCCGGUACCAUCCCUGAUGUGGCAUCCCACGGGAACAGGGGUGGUUGAUACCCUAGAACACCCUGGAAGGGCGUUAGGCAUAGGGAGGUGUGAAUGAGUGAGUUCUGAGCAUACUCAACCCAAGGAAGGAAUCGGCUCCACUCUUGCGGCUGCCGCGAACAUUGUUGCCGUAGAUAUUUCCCAAUUUCCUGGUUGAGCCGUUCUGUCUGCCCAUUGGCCUGGGGAUGAUAUCCGGAGGUUAGGCUAACCGAGAUGCCCAAGCGUUCGCAGAAGGCCUUCCAUACCCGGGAUACAAACUGGGGUCCCCGGUCGGAAACAAUAUCCUCCGGGACACCAAACUGCCGGAACACCUGGUUAAACAUAGUCUCAGCCAUCUGAGUGGCGUUAGGCAAACGGGUCAUGGGUACUAACCGACACAUCUUGGAGAAGCGAUCGAUGACCACGAGAAUUACAGUAUGGCCCUCAGAUUCUGGUAGAUCUGUAACAAAGUCCAUUGCAAUGUGCGACCAGGGUCGUUGAGGAGUUGGCAAUGGCAUCAGCUUACCCUCUGGUAGUGCCCGAGGUACCUUGGACUGAGCACAUACUGGACAGGAUAAGACAUAGUCUCUGACGUCAUCUGUGAGGGAAUCCCACCAGUAUUUUCGGCUGAUGAGUCGUGUAGUUCGGGUGAUUCCGGGAUGACCAGAUCCCAGCGACGUGUGGCACCAAUUCCAUCAGUUGAGGUCGUAGCGGAGCUGGUACAAACACCUUAGACUCCGGUGUUUCUGGAGGGGCUGGUUCCGCUUGUAGGCUCUCCUGAAUAGUGUCGUCGAUAGCCCACCUCACAGGACCAGCACGGCAACUCAUGGGGAGGAUAGGUUCUGGUUCCAUGGGUCUUUCCGCGCGCUCGAACCGUCGGGAAAGCGCGUCCGCCUUACAAUUCUUGGACCCGGGAAUAUAAGAGACAGUGAAUUGGAAACGGUUGAAGAAUAAAGACCACCUUGCCUGUCGGGAGUUCAGUCGUUUAGCACUGUGAAGAUACUCCAGAUUGCGGUGGUCGGUGAGCACUUGGAACGGAUGAUCUGCUCCCUCCAGCCAAUGUCUCCACUCCUCCAGUGCUAACUUCACCGCCAGUAAUUCACGAUUUCCCACGUCGUAGUUCUGCUCGGCCGGAUUCAGCUUCUUAGAAAAAAAAGCACAGGGUCGUGAUUUAGGCGGCUCACCUUGGCGCUGGGAUAGAACGGCUCCAACUCCAACCUCCGAGGCGUCCACCUCCACGAUAAACGGCAAGGUAGGAUCCGGCUGGCAUAAAAUGGGAGCGGUGGUAAAGCGUUGUUUCAAUGUCUCAAAAGCCCGCACUGCCCCCUCCGUCCAUUUCAGACCACGACCCUUGUAGCUGGUCAUCGCCGACAGGGGAGCUGCGGUUGUGCUGAAAUUACGCACGAACCGUCUAUAGUAAUUGGCAAACCCUAAGAAUCUCUGGAGCUCCUUCACCGUCUGGGGUUGAGGCCAGUCUCGUACAGCUUGCACCUUGGAUUCAUCCAGUUUUACCCCGUCGGGAGUGAGUAUGGCCCCAAGGAAGGAAAUCGUAGUGACAUGGAAUUCACUUUUUUCGGCCUUCACGAACAGAGAGUGUUGUCGGAGUCGGUCCAGAACCUGUCGUACAUGGGACACAUGUUCACUCAGAGAGUUAGAGUAGAUUAGGAUGUCAUCAAUGUACACUAUGACAAAGCGAUCAAUCAAGUCCCUGAAAAUGUCAUUCAUGAACGCCUGGAACACAGAGGGCGCGUUAGUAAGUCCAUAGGGCAUGACAAUAUUCAUAAUGUCCUCGAUGGGUGAUGAAGGCGGUCUUCCAUUCAUCCCCUUCUCUAAUGCGCACCAGAUUGUACGCACUCCUGAGGUCCAGUUUACUGUAGAUGGAGGCCUGCCCCACCUGCUCGAGGGCUGCUGGAAUCAAAGGAAGGGGGUAACGAUUUUUAAUGGUAAUAUCGUUCAAACCUCGAUAGUCUAUACAAGGACGCAGUCCGCCAUCCUUUUUCUUAACAAAGAAAAAACUGGAUGCGGCGGGAGACGUAGAUGGGCGAAUGGCCCCUUGCUGUAGUGCCUCAUCAAUAUACUUGUUCAUUGAUUCUCGUUCCGGCUGUGACAAAGGGUAGAUUCUUCCGCGAGGAGGUGUAGCCCCGGAUAGCAGAUCAAUUGCACAAUCCCAGGCCCGAUGCGGUGGUAACACGGUAGCCCUCUCCUUGGAGAACACCUGCGCGUAAUCCUGGUACUCUGUAGGAACAACAGUAGACACCGCACCCUGCGCAUCCUCCACAGUAGACGUUUUGCAAGGUAAAAUGAGGCACUCUGCCCUACAUACCUCACUCCAAGCCGUGAUAUCGCCAGAUUUCCAGGAGAUGACCGGAUCAUGGGUAACGAGCCAGGGGUGGCCGAGGACUAGCGGCUCCCGUGGAGCGGAGAUGACGAACAGAAUGAUGUUCUCAUGGUGCAGGGAGCCCACUUGUAACUUUAUUUCAUCGGUACGGUGCGUAAUGAACCCAGUGCCCAUGGGCUCACCGUCUAGCGCGUUGACUCGCAGGGGAGGUUGAAUUGGGAUAAGUUGAACUCCCAAUUCCUCAGCGAGACCCACAUCCAUAAAACUGGCAGCCGCCCCGGAAUCAAUAAGACCUUCCAAUCGGCGCACUCUCUCUCCAACAGAUAAGGUAACUGGCACAUACAUUUGUUUAGAUGUGAUGUUGAAAACAUGAGUCUCACUCACCGGUUGGGCAGUUCCGAGGCGAUAUUCUGGGGUACGGUUUGGUCGUACCGGACAUUGCCGAAUGAAAUGACCCGACUGACCACAAUAUAGGCAUAGUCCGUCUUGCCGACGUUGUUGUCUCACCGAGCCCUGUAGGGGUGACCGUCCCAGUUGCCUAGGUUCCUCCUCAGAUUCUCUCCUCCGCUCUGACGAUUGCGUAGGACCAGUGAUCGAGGGCUCCCGGACUGUGGAUCCCUUGUGUUGCACUAUCAGAUUAUCAAUAGAGACGGCGAUGUUGAUAAACUCAUGUAGCGCAGUGAUAUCUCCCCGACAAGCCAACUCAGUCUGUACUUCUUUGCGCAGCCCUCUUCGGAAAACGGUGAGCAAAGCAGUCUCACUCCAUCCGCUACCGGCUGCUAUAGUACGGAACUCUAAAGCGUAGUCGGCUACUGUGCAACGGCCCUGCUGAAGUUCGCAUAGUUGGUCUCCCACGCUACGCCCAGAUACUGGGUGGUCGAACACCUCUUGGAACAGUCUCUUAAACUGAACUUCCGCAUUCAACUCGGGGACCUCAGCUGCCCAAAGCGCAGUAGCCCAAUCCAGUGCUCUACCCGUUAGCAGAGAAAUCAUGAAAUCCACCCUGCUACGGUCAUCGGAAAACAUAGUACGAUUAUACGACAUAUACAGGGACGUCUGGAGUAGAAACCCCUGACAUUUGCCAGGUUCCCCGUCGUACCUUGUCAGUAUAGAAAUCGGAGGUGCAUGACGAGGACUGACCGUACUCGGGGUGGUGCCUUCCGCCGCACCAGCGUUGAGUAGCUGCAGGAGUUCAUCCAUCCGUUUCUCCUGUAUCUCCCAUCGCCUCUGUAAUUCCGCUGGAUCCAUGGUAAAGGCGAGGUAUUCUGUAAUGAAUACUUGGACAGAGUGGUAAGAUCCAAUCGCAGAAUUGCGAUGCUUUAUUAGAGUACAGACAAGGGAAUAGCUUAAUCGUAGUCGGGCGGGCUGUGGUCAAAACCGGGCCAUGCAGAGACAGGCAGAGGUACCAAGGGAGCGGGCGUAGUCGUAGUCGAGGGCACAGGCACAGGGUCAGAGUAUGGUAAUCACUGGGAUAAACAAGCAGAGGAUUAAGCAAUUCGGGGAGUCAAACAACAAGGCACAGGUCGGAUACACGGGUAAUCAAAAACAACAAACUCUCUCUCUCUCUCGGAACAAAACGCUUAGCAAGUCACAAUGGAACAAUACCUCGCACCGACUGAACUUCUGAGCACACCUUAUAUCCUACCCUAAUUACAGACAGGUGUGCUCAGAACUCAGGUGAACCAGAUCGAGUCUGAUGACUCCCCCUCUCUGUAGAUCGGGGAAGUGUCAGACUCUGUCUAGACCCAGCCAACCCCCGAUCCCUUACAUGGUCGACUAUUGGCAGGAGUAAUGGGUUCUUUGCUGUCUUUCGGGAUUGGACACAGUUUAGCAUGCUUCCAUAGAAGGAUUACUUUUAUACUAUCCCAGGUAUUCCUUAAAGAGGUAGGGUUUCAAGUGUCUCCGGAAGGUGGUCAGUGACUCCGCUGUCCUGGCGUCGUGAGGGAGCUUGUUCCACCACUGGGGUGCCAGAGCAGCGAACAGUUUUGAAUGGGCUGAGCGGGAACUGUGCUUCCGCAGAGGUAGGGGGACCAGCAGGCCAGAGGUGGAAGAACGCAAUGUCCUCGUUUGGGUGUAGGGACUGAUCAGAGCCUGAAGGUAAGGAGGUGCCGUUCCCCUCACAGCUCCGUAGGCAAGCACCAUGGUCUUGUAGCAGAUGCGAGCUUCAACUGGAAGCCAGUGGAGUGUGCAGAGGAGCGGGGUGACGUGAAAGAACUUGGGAAGGUUGAACACCAGACGGGCUGCAGCGUUCUGGGUGAGUUGUAGGGGUUUAAUGGCACAGGCAGGGAGCCCAGCCAACAGCGAGUUGCAGUAAUCCAGACGGGAGAUGACAAGUGCCUGGAUUAGGACAUGUGCCGCUUCCUGUGUAAGGUAGGGAUCGUUCUCUGCGAAUGUUGUAGAGCAUGAACCUACAGGAUCGGGUCACCGCUUUGAUGUUAGCGGAGAACGACAGGGUGUUGUCCAGGGUCACGCCAAGGUUCUUUGCACUCUGGGAGGAGGACACAACGGAGUUGUCAACCGUGAUGGCGAGAUCAUGGAGCGGGCAGUCCUUCCCCAGGAGGAAGAGCAGCUCCGUCUUGCCGAGGUUCAGCUUGAGGUGGUGAUCCGACAUCCACACUGAUAUGUCUGCCAGACAUGCAGAGAUGCGAUUCGCUACCUGGUUAUCAGAAGGGGGAAAGGAGAAUAUUAAUUGUGUGUCAUCUGCGUAGCAAUGAUAGGAGAGACCAUGUGAGGAUAUGACAGAGCCAAGUGACUUGGUGUAUAGAGAUAAUAGGAGAGGGCCUAGAACUGAGCCCUGGGGGACACCAGUGGUGAGAGAACGUGGUGCGGAGACAGAUUCUCGCCACGCCACCUGGUAGGAGUGACCUGUCAGGUAGGACGCAAUCCAAGAGUGAGCCACGCCAGAGAUGCUCAACUCGGAGAGGGUGGAGAGGAGGAUCUGAUGGUUCACAGUAUCAAAGGCAGCAGAUAGGUCUAGAAGGAUGAGAGCAGAGGAGAGAGAGUUAGCUUUAGCAGUGCGGAGAGCCUCCGUUACACAGAGAAGAGCAGUCUCAGUUGAAUGUCCAGUCUUGAAACCUGACUGGUUUGGAUCAAGAAGGUCAUUCUGAGAGAGAUAGCAGGAGAGUUGGCUAUAGACGGCACGCUCAAGAGUUUUGGAGAGAAACGAAAGAAGGGAUACUGGUCUGUAGUUCUUGACAUUGGAGGGAUCGAGUGUAGGUUUUUUGAGGAGGGGUGCAACUCUCGCUUUCUUGAAGAUGGAAGGGACAUAGCCAGCGGACAAGGAUGAGUUGAUGAGCGAGGUGAGGUAAGGGAGAAGGUCUCCGGAAAUGGUCUGGAGAAGAGAGGAGGGGAUAGGGUCAAGCGGGCAGGUUGUUGGGCGGCCGGCCGUCACAAGUCGCAAGAUUUCAUCUGGAGAGAGAGGGGAGAAAGAAGUCAAAGCAUAGGGUAGGGCAGUGUGAGCAGGACCAACGGUGUCAUUUGACUUAAUAAAUGAGGAUCGGAUGUCAUCAACCUUCUUUUCAAAAUGGUUGACGAAGUCAUCCACAGAGAGGGAGAAGGGAGGGGGAGGAGGAGGAGGAUUCAGCAGGGAGGAGAAGGUGGCAAAGAGCUUCCUAGGGUUAGAGGCAGAGGCUUCACAUUUUGAGUGGUAGAAAGUGGCUUUAGCAGCAGAAACGGAGGAAGAGAAUGGAAAGAUGACAUGUCCGCAGGGAGUCUAGUUUUGCUCUAUUUCCGCUCGGCUGCCCGAAGCCCUGUUCUGUGAGCUCGCAAUGAAUCGUCAAGCGACGGAGUAGGAGGGGAGGACCGAGCCGGCCAGGAGGAUAGGGGAUAUAGAGAGUCAAAAGAUUCAGAGAGGGAGGAGAGGAGGGUUGAGGAGGCAGAAUCAGGAGAUUGAAGGGAGAAGGAUUUAGCAGAGGGAAGAGAUGAUAGGAUGGAAGAGGAGAGAGUAGCGGGAGAGAGAGAGCGAAGGUUGCGACGGCACAUUACCAUCUGAGUAGGGGCAGAGUGAGUAGUGUUGGAGGAGAGCGAGAGAGAAAAGGAUACGAAGUAGUGGUCAGAGACUUGGAGGGGAGUUGCAGUGAGAUUAGUAGAAGAACAGCAUCUAGUAAAGAUGAGGUCAAGCGUAUUGCCUUGUGAGUAGGGGGGGGCGGUGUGAGGGUGAGGUCAAAAGAGGAAAGGAGUGGAAAGAAGGAGGCAGAGAGAAAUUAGUCAAAGGCAGACGUAGGGAGGUUAAAGUCACCCAGAACUGUGAGGGGUGAGCCAUCCACAGGAAAGGAACUUAUCAAGGCGUCAAGCUCAAAAACCUGGAGGGCGAUAAAUGACAAGGAUUUUAAGCUUGAAUUAUCCAUAAGAUCAUAACCUGUAGAUUUACCAUUGGGUAAUGACUUCAAUAGGUUUAACACCUCCUCCACUGACACCAAUUUUAGACUAAAAGAGCAGGGUUUUUUGCUCAUAAUAUGAUAAUCAAUCCAUUGAACAACAGCUUGUUUGGAAGAAUGGGCGUUUUACAUUAUCGCUCAGUAAAUUAUUUAUUUGUUAAAAUAAAAGUCUGCAAAAUGAUUGGCAAUAUCAGCUGGUUUUGUUAUUGUUCUCCUGUCAACCUCCACACUAGAUGGGCAUGAUGAUAUAGAUGUACCCACGGAUGGUGGGGUUAUUGUAUGGGCAGGCAUAAGCUACGGACAACAAAAACAAUUGCAUUUUAUUGAUGGCAACUUGAAUGCACAGAGAUACCAUGACGAGAUCCUGAGGCCCAUUGUCGUGCCAUUCAUCCGCCGCCAUCACCUCAUGUUUCAGCAUGAUAAUGCACGGCCCCAUGUCGCAAGGAUCUGUACACAAUUCCUGGAAGCUGAAAAAUGUCCCAGUGUUCUUCCAAGGCCUGCAUACUCACCAGACAUGUCACCCAUUGAGCAUGUUUGGGAUGCUCUGGAUUGAAGUGUACGACAGCAUGUUCCAGUUCCUGCCAAUAUCCAGAAACUUCGCACAGCCAUUGAAGAGUGGGAUAACAUUCCACAGGCCACAAUCAACAGCCUGAUCAACUCUUCCUGGGGUCCGGCAAAAUUAAGGUAGUUAUACAAUUUUAAAAACCAUUGCAAUACAUUCAUAACAGAUUUCACAACACACUAAGUGUGUGCCCUCAGGCCCCUACUCCACUACCACAUGUCUACAACACAAAAUCCAUGUGUUCGUGUGUGUGUGUAUAGUGCGUAUGUGAUCAUGAUCUCUGGAUUCCAGGUUGUUUGUCUUUUCUCUUGACUCACUUAUUAUGUUCACCUUGUUGUAUUUAAACUGUAUAUUUCUCCUCUUCCACAGAUCACACACUACAAGCAGUAUCCUCACAAUGUCAGCAAGGUCUACUCCUACUUUGAAUGCCGCCGCAAGAAGGGGGGCGCACAAUUCAAUGAGGUCAUGUUCUUUUGGCCUUCAAUACCUCCUGAAGAAGUAUAUUUCAGGUGGGUCCACUUUGCCUGUAGCCUUGCAAGGAAAUACACAUGGGAACUGAUUGUUCCACUUGCUUCUUUAAUCUCUAUUCUUCGAGAAUUCCAUUCUUGAGGUCCUUCCUCGUCUCAUUCUAGUCUGUUGUAGGCUAGUCAGUGUUUAGGGGUCCCCUCAGCCCACAGUGUGUGUGAUGUGACUGUGUUAUGUCACACGGUCAUGUGUUCUAUUUACCACCAACAUUGUCCUUUUGAGUGACAUGAUGUGCAUGCAUGACCCACUAAGUCGACAUAGUGAAGGAUAUGGAAAAACUUUCCAAAACAGAAGAUUUCGUACACACAAUGGAACAUUUGCAAAUUCAAUCAAAUUGCCACAUCCAUGCAACAUGAUAACCUAGAGAAAGUAUGUUAAAAAAUAAAGGAACAAUUUCAAUUAAUCUCAUUUGUGGGUCACCAGACAUGGCAGUCAGAAAGUAGGGCUGUUGCGGUGACUGUAUUCCACGUGUCCGUUGAGUCACGGUAUUCUCCUCUUAUGCACUCUGGACAUGCAUUGGGAGCACCCAACUCACAAACGACAGUCAGGUCGCUAAUGGCUUGGUACUCAGCACUCUAUUGUCCGUCUAACCACUCUGACAUCAAUGCAAAUGCAAUUGAAAAUCACAUCAAAAACGUAUCAUCAAAACAGUAUCAUGCUUUUUAAAACUCGCCUCACUGUGAUCGAUUAAUUUGAAGAAAGAAGUUUAACAGGUUGAAACUGAGUGAGAAACAUGGUUGUUGUGAAUGUUGUUUCAAAGUCAAACACAAGGAAAUGGACAGCGCUUUCUAAGGUGAUGAGCCCAAAUCUCCGGAAUACCCCUGAUCUAGCUUAUACAGUGAGGGAAAAAAGUAUUUGAUCCCCUGCUGAUUUUGUACGUUUGCCCACUGACAAAGAAAUGAUCAGUCUAUAAUUUUAAUGGUAGGUUUAUUUAAACAGUGAGAGACAGAAUAACAACAAAAAAAUCCAGAAAAACGCAUGUCAAAAAUGUUAUAAAUUGAUUUGCAUUUUAAUGAGCGAAAUAAGUAUUUAACAAAUACUUUUUUCCCCUCACUGUACUCCAAAAGUAAACAAAUUCUAGUAAUUGCCUUUGAGUGUGGACUGUAUUAUUAUGCAUACUGGAUGGACUGUUUACCUUAUGCUACGCUCAAAACUUUCUAUCCAUGAGUUGGGGAGAAAACAUAUAGGCCUAGGCGAUGCUGUUGGUUCGUUGAUUGUGCAGGGCGACUUACAAAGUUAGCCUACAAUUAUAGUGAAUUUUGAUUUUGAAUAGGGCAGUUUUUCUCAUAAUUAAUAGGCUGAAACAUUUACCUUUUAGCUACAGAAAAUCUCACCACAGUGCGUUUCCAUCUCCUCUCUCUCCUUCAUUCCUUUCUUGAGCGCACAGAGAGCGGGGCUGUCAACAGUUUAAUGAAAUAUGUUUGUCGUGAAAACAUGUUACUAUCGAUGUUCCCGAACAGAUUUCACUUGGUUUCACUUAACCAAUUAAGCACUGGGUAGCUGCAGGAACUGGGUUGGAGAGCCCAUGGCAUACAGAGUUUGGGCGGAAUAUCACUUGUCGCGUAGCGAGAGACUGCAAGCUCCUCAAAUAGUGGUUGAUGUGUGGUGUGAAAUAAGUGUUCUUAUAAACCCAGAUAUUUCUAUAUUCAUUCCUGUGUGAAAACAGAGUUUUGAUGGUUGCCACUAAAAAGAGGAGGAUCCAUUCGCUAUUCGAGUGCAUACAGAUGCCAUUUAUUUUUUCCCCUGCCCCUGUUCCUGCCCCUGCCCAUUUGAUGAUGGGCCAUUCUAAGCCGAAACUAACUGUACAUAUUAGUAAAGAUUAAAUUGAGAAUAGUCUGAUGGGUGAAAAUAUGAUCACUUGAUGAGAGAACAGUGUCUGCAGCCUAAACCGAGCACAAGCUUUUUUUGCAACUUUUUCAAAUCAUCAAUGGCCUAUAGUCGCAUCAUACUGCCCAUAUAUGCUUUGAUUUCUAAGACAAUCUCAGGUUUUGUAUCAGCACAACUAAAAUAAAUCUAAAUCUAGCGUUUAGGACCUGUUUCAAAUGAUCACUUUUACAUUUUAGUCAUUUAGCAGACACUCUUAUCCAGAGCGACUUACAGUUAGUGAGUGCGUACAUUAUUUUUUUUCAUACUGGCCCCCCGUGGGAAUCAAACCCACAACCCUGGCGUUGCAAACACCAUGCUCUACCAACUGAGCUACAUCCCUGCUGGCCAUUCCCUCCCCUACCCUGGACCAAUUGUGCGCCGCCCCAUGGGUCUCCCGGUUGCAGCCGACAACAGAGCCUGGAUUCAAACCAGGAUCUCUAGUGGCACAGCUAGCACUGCGAUGCAGUGCCUUAGACCACUGCACCACUCAACUUACGCUCAACAUUGCCACUUCAUAGGCGCACUCGCUCCGGAAUGGAAAAAUAUCAUUUUUAUUUUAUUCUGCGAAGUUCAAUUAUAUUCUUCUUCAUAUAAAAUAAUGGUACUGAACUUAUAAGCAUAUCUUAUCUGCUAAAUGAACUAGCCUACAGCCCAUGGCAUGGCACAUAGCCAGAUAACAUAUACUGUAGGCCCCCUCAUAUUCCGUUUUUCUGAAAUACACUGAACAAAAAUAUAAACACAACAUGUAAAGUGUUGGUCCCAUGUUUCAUGAGCUGAAAUAAAAGAUCCCAGAAAUGUUCCAUAUGCACAAAAAGCUUAUUUCUCUCCAAUGUUGUGCACAAAUGUGUUUACAUCCCUGUUAGUGAGCAUUUCUUAUUUGCCAAGAUAAUCCAUCCACCUGACAGUUGUGGCAUAUCAAGAAGCUGAUUAAACAGCAUGAUCAUUACACAGGUGCACCUUGUGCUGAGGACAAUAAAAGGCCACUCUGUCUCAAGUUUUGAGGGAGCGUGCAAUUGGCAUGCUGACUGCAGGAAUGUCCACCAGAGCUGUUGCCAGAUAAUUUAAUGUUAAUUUCUCUACCACAGUUUUAGAGAAUUUGGCAGUAUGUCUGACUGGCCUCACAACUGGCCUCACGUGUAUGGCGUCAUGUGGGCAAGCGGUUUGCUGAUGUCAACAGAGUACCCAAUGGUGGCGGUGGGGUUAUGGUAUGGGCAGGCAUAAACUAUGUACUACUAACACAAUUGCAUUUUAUCAAUGGCAAUUUGAAUGCACAGAAAUACUGUGGCGGGAUCCUGAGGCCCAUUGCUUUUAAGGUAUCUGUGACCAACUGAUGCAUAUGUAUUACCAGUCAAGUGAAAUCCAUAGAUAAGGGCCAAAUGAAUUGAUUUCAAUUGACUGAUUUACUCAUAUGAACUGUAACUCAGUAAAAUCUUUGAAAUUGUUGCAUGUUGUGUUUAUAUUUUUGUUCAGUAUACAAUUUCUUCAUAUCAUCAUUUUUCUUUAGACCUGCCUAAAAUAAUGGAUUUAUUGUGAUGGUGUACAGUGCAUUCGGAAAGUAUUCAGACCCCUUCACUUGUUCCACAUUUUGUUACGUUACAGCCUUAUUCUAAAAUUGAUUUAAAUUGUUUUAUUUCCUCAUCAAUCUACACACAAUACCCCAUAAUGACAAAAAAAAAACGGAUUUCACAUUUACAUAAGUAAUCAGACCCUUUACUCAGGACAUUGUUAAAACACGUUUGGCAGCGAUUACAGCCUUGAGUCUUCUUGGAUAUAGCGCUACAAGCUUGGCCCACCUGUAUUUGGGGAGUUUCUCCCAUUCUUCUCUGCAGAUCCUCUCAAGCUCUGUCAGGUUGGAUGGGGAGCAUUGCUGCACAGCUAUUUUCAGGUCUCUCCAGAGAUGUUCGAUCGGGUUCAAGUCCGGGCUCUGGCUGGGCCACUCAAGGACAUUCAGAGACUUGUCCCGAAGCCACUCCUGCAUUGUCUUUGCUGUGUGCUUAGGAUUGUUGUCCUGUUGGACAGUGUCUGAGUCUGAGGUCCUGAGUGCUCUUGAGCAGGUUUUCAUCAAGGAUCGCGCUGUACUUUGCUCCGUUCAUCUUUCCCUCGAUUCUGACUAUUCUCUCAGUCCCUGCCACUGAAAAACAUCCCCACAGCAUGAUGCUGCCAACACCGUGCUUCACCGUAGGGAUGGUUAUUGGCUAGGUGAUAAGCGGUGCCUGGUUUCUUCCAGACGUGACGCGUGGCAUUCAGGCCAAAGAGUUCAAUCUUGGUUUCAUCAGACCAGAGAAUCUUGUUUCUCAUGGUCUGAGAGUCCUUCAGGUGCCUUUUGGCAAAAUCCAAGCGGUCUGUCAUGUCCCUUUUACUGAUGAGUGGCUUCCGUCUGGCCACUCUACCAUAAAGGUCUGAUUGGUGAAGUGCUGCAGAGAUGGUUGUCCUUCUGGAAGGUUCUCCCAUCUCCACAGAGGAGCUCUGUCUGUGACCAUCGGGUUCUUGGUCACCUCCCUGACCAAGGCUCUUCUGCCCCUAUUGCUCAGUUGGUCUGGGCGGGCUCUAGGAAGAGUCUUGGUGGUUCCAAACUUCUUCCAUUUAAGAAUGAUGGAGGCCACUGUGUUCUUAGGGACCUUCAAUGCUGCAGAAAUGUUUUGGUAGCCUUCCCCAGAUCUGUGCCUCGACACAAUCCUGUCUCUGAGCUCUACAGACAAUUCCUUUGACCACAUGGCUUGGUUUUUGCUCUGACAUGCCCUGUCAACUUUGUGACCUAAUAUAGACAGGUGUGCCUAUCCAAAUCAUGUCCAAUCAAUUGAAUUUACCACAGGUGGACUCCAAUCAAGUUGUAGAAACAUCUCAAGGAUGAUCAAUGGAAACAGGAUGCACCUGAGCUCAAUUUCAAGUCUCAUAGCAAACAUUUCUAAAAAUUGCAAUAUUAAAGCUGAUCUACGCCCCCCCCCCCCAAAAAAAAAUUAUAAAAAUAAUAAUAAAUAAAACAUUUCUAAAAAACAGUUUUCGCUAUGUCAUCAUGGGGUAUUUUGUGUAUAUUUCUUGAGCGUGCCGUCUUUAGCCAACUCUCUUGCUAUCUCUCUCAGAAUGACCUUCUUGAGCCAAACCAGUCAGGUUUCAAGACUGGUCAUUCAACUGAGACUGCUCUUCUCUGUGUCAUGGAGGCUCUCCGCACUGCUAAAGCUAACUCUCUCUCCUCUGCUCUCAUCCUUCUAGACCGAGGUUCUUCAAUUCUGGUCCUGGAGGGCCGAAAUACCUCUGUUUUUCAUCCUCUCCUUCUAAUCAGGGGCUAAUUCAGACCUGGGACACCAGGUGAGUGCAAUUAACUACCAGGUAGAAAUAAAAAACAGAAGUGUUUCGGCCCUCCAGGACCGGAAUUGAAGAACCCUGUUCUAGACCUAUCUGCUUCCUUUGAAAAUUUGAACCAUCAGAUCCUCCUCUCUACCCUCUCCGAGUUGGGCAUCUCCGGUGCGGCUCACUCUUGGAUUGCGUCCUACCUGACAGGUCGCUCCUACCAGGUGGCGUGGCGAGAAUCUGUCUCCGCACCACGUGCUCUCACCACUGGUGUGUCCCCCAGGGCUCAGUUCUAGGCCCUCUCCUAUUCUCGCUAUACACCAAGUCACUUGGCUCUGUCAUAUCCUCACAUGGCCUCUCCUAUCAUUGAUACGCAGACGACACACAAUUAAUCUUCUCCUUUCCCCCUUCUGAUAACCAGGUGGCGAAUUGCAUCUCUGCAUGUCUGGCAGACAUAUCAGUGUGGAUGAUGGAUCACCACCUCAAGCUGAACCUCGGCAAGACGGAGCUGCUCUUCCUCCCCGGGAAGGACUGCCCGUUCCAUGAUCUUGCCAUCACGGUUGACAACUCUGUUGUGUCCUCCUCCCAGAGUGCAAAGAGCCUUGGCGUGACCCUGGACAACACCCUGUCGUUCUCCGCUAACAUCAAGGCGGUGAUCCCAUCCUGUAGGUUCAUGCUCUACAACAUUCGCAGAGUACGACCCUGCCUUACACAGGAAGCGGCACAGGUCCUAAUCCAGGCACUUGUCAUCUCCCGUCUGGUUACAGCAACUCGCUGUUGGCUGGGCUCCCUGCCUGUGCCAUUAAACCCCUACAACUCAUCCAGAAAGCUGCAGCCCGUCUGGUGUUCAACCUUCCCAAGUUCUCUCACGUCACCCCGCUCCUCCGCACACUCCACUGGCUUCCAGUUGAAGCUCACAUCUGCUACAAGACCAUGGUGCUUGCCUACGGAGCUGUGAGGGGAACGGCACCUCCGUACCUUCAGGCUCUGAUCAGUCCCUACACCCAAAUGAGGGCAUUGCGUUCAUCCACCUCUGGCCUGCUGGCCCCCCUACCUCUGUGGAAGCACAGUUCCCGCUCAGCCCAGUCAAAACUGUUCGCUGCUCUGGCACCCCAAUGGUGGAACAAGCUCCCUCACGAAGCCAGGACAGCGGAGUCACUCACCACCUUCCGGAGACACUUUGAAACCCCACCUCUUUAAGGAAUACCUGGGAUAGGAUAAAGUAAUCCUUCUACCCCCCCCUUACCCCACCCCCCCAAAAAAAAAAAAAAAAAUAUAUAUAUAUAUAUGAUAAAGUGGUUGUCCCACUGGUUAUCAUAAGGUGAAUGCAUCAAUUUGUAAGUCGCUCUGGAUAAGAGCGUCUGCUAAAUGACGAAAAUGUAAAUGUAAAUGUAGAUUGAGGAAACCAAAUUUGUUCAUCCAUUUUAGAAGAAGGCUGUAACGUAACUGUGGAAAAAGUGAAGGGGUCUGAAUACUUUCCAAAUGCACUGUUUAUUACAUGGAUUUAAUAUACUUUUUAAAAAUGUAGCCUAGAUGUUCCAAAGGCGCACAUCAGCGGCUUGUAUGUGUGGAGGCCUGGAGAUGCUAAACGUGUUUGUUAAUAACGUGUUUGGAUUCUGACCGCUGAGGCACUCCUCCAGGAUAGGAUAGGAUUUAACUCCUCUGUCCAAUCAGAGAGGCUCCUCAAGCCCCGCCCGUCAGACAUGCUCCACCACUGGAUGUGUCUCCCUCUGUGGCACUUGAUCGCCCACUGACACCAAAUUCUGCCUGAAUGAAAGGGAAUUGCAGUCGGUGGGAAAACAAAGCCAGAUCUAUAUUUUUGCACUGAUAGCUCAAAAAUGUUGCUUGUGUGCUUGACGAAAUGUGGGCUCGUGAGUUUCUGUUCAUUUGGAUUCAUGAAUGUCUUUGUCCUAUUGUCUCUCCUAAUUAGGACGAGUCAUCACUGAGGAGAAGAUUCAGGAAUCCAUAGUAUUUUACCAGAUGCACUUUAGACAGACUGUGUUUGAUGAGGAAGGCUGGAGAAAAGUGCUGGAGGUAAGUGGGCUGUCAGUCAGAGAUUAGCCACACUUAUUGCAUCUUUUCAAUUAAGACUAUUUUACUGUUAGGUGCAGUCUCAACUGUUAGGCUGCUCACUGUAAAGGUGUCCGCAUGCUUCCCAGCCAAAAAAGUUCUGAAGAGUUUGUGCAUAUAUUAUGAUAACAUUCUGUGAUGUUUUGGAUUUCGAUUAGUGUUUUUUCGGCUGUUCGGGCUCAAAACCUUUUUCUAGAGGCGAGCCAAUGUCUACGCCCCUUAGUCAGUGAUUGGUCAACAGUAGGGAUUCUUCAAUAAAGUCUUUGUUGUCAAUCAACGAGGGAUGACCCAUGGGGCGGCGCACAAUUGGCCCAGCGUCGUCCAGGUUAGGGGAGGAAAUGGCCGGCAGGGAUGUAGCUCAGUUGAUAGAGCAUGGCGUUUGCAACGCCAGGGUUGUGGGUUCGUUUCCCACGGGGGGGCAGUAUGAAAAAAAAAAAAACUCACUAACUGUAAGUCGCUCUGGAUAAGAGCGUCUGCUAAAUGACUAAAAUGUAAAUGUAAUGUAAAUGGAUGACUCGUUUUCAUGCAAAUGUUUUCAUUGAAAUACUGCACCAAACAUCUUUGUUACAUUUAAAAUUGCAUGACUAAGAUCUCGGCAAAAACAUCAAAAUUAAUGACAGAUUUCUUGAGUUAUCUUAGAUUAAUUCUGACUAUUUUGAGGAAGCGUAUACUGGCUACGGCAUCUCAAAAUAGACAAACAGUACUAUUGCCGCUUUUUUUCUCAUUUUUCAAGCGUAGGUCUUUUAAGGGAGUAUGCGAGCACACUUGUUCGGUUUGCCUAGCCGACAUUGGCUACCCACCAGCCGAACUGAAGCAUGCUGACGCCUUAAGAUGUUCGUAUGGAAACACACACACAGAGGUUGAUAGGAGGUUUUGAUGCUGUUCAAUCAGAAGUAUGAUGGCCGUCUCCCAAUCCUGCUCAAAGUGGUUCCUGAGGGGAAGAUUGUUCCUAGAGGGAAUGUUCUCUUCACAGUGGAAACCACAGACCCAGAAUUCUUCUGGCUCACCAACUAUAUUGAGGUAAUUUUCUUCAUUUCCCCCUUUAGUGUUCCUUUCAUUGUCAUUUUGUUGUGCUUUCACAACAUAAAAAUGAAUCAAGAAGUAUUCAAGUAAAAUCAUGUACUGACUGUGUUUCCAAAACCCCUGUGUGAGCGUGCGCGCACACAGAAUACAUACAACCCAGUGACCCUGUGUUUUAGUGUCACCAGGUGGAUUGUAUCAGAUAGUGGUCAGAUAGCGCAGGGCUGUGACCCUGUAGGGCAGUAGUCUAGGGUUGUCCCUGCUCCCUGUAUGUAUGGUGAGUGAUGACACAGUCAUGGAAUCAGAGAGACCAUUGCAAUUAGCCUAAUCAGGUCAAUGAGGAUGAUUCCACCCAGUCACUCUGGCCCUUUCUCUGGUCAGCAGGGGAUAGCUUAACCUGCCGGCACUGAGCCCAACACCAGCCACAGCUUUUGAUAUCCAGCCCCAACCCAUUUCUACUUCCUUGCUAGCACCAGUGGCACAGACACAUCCCAUUGUAAAGGUUUUAGAAGUCGUCUAUGAACAAAAUCAACUGAACAAAAAUCAGUUUCCCUCUUUCUCUCUCACAGACCAUACUGGUCCAGAUGUGGUAUCCCAUCACUGUGGCAACCAUCUCCCGGGAGUUUAAGAAGAUCCUGGCCAAGCACCUGAAGGCCACA